AUGUUAUACUCAGCUUUUGUCCUCUGCCUCUUACUCAUCACAGUUUCUUCCAACCUUGCCAUUGCAAUCAAAAAGGAAAAGAGACUUCCUCAGACACUCUCAAGAGGGUGGGGUGAUGACAUCACUUGGGUACAGACUUAUGAAGAAGGUUUCUUUCACAUUCAAAAAAGUAACAAGCCAUUGAUGGUUAUUCAUCACUUGGAGGAUUGUCAAUACUCCCAAGCACUAAAAAAAGUGUUUGCCCAAAAUAAAGAAAUACAAGACAUGGCCCAGAAUAAUUUCAUUAUACUGAAUCUCGUGCAUGAGACCACUGAUAAGAAUUUAUCACCUGAUGGACAAUAUGUGCCUAGAAUCACGUUUGUGGAUCCUUCUUUAACAGUCAGAACUGAUUUAACUGGAAGAUACUUUAAUAGAUUGUAUACAUACAAACCUCAGGAUUUACCAGUAUUGAUAGAAAACAUGAAGAAAGCAUUAAAACUUAUUCAAUCAGAGUUACAAGGGAUGACCUCUAAGAGGUCAAAUUUCAUGAAGAAAACCUCUGGUUAA